UUAAGGGGUGACGCAACACAACUUCUGUAGAGUCCUGCCUUUUUUCACCAGCCUGUUGCUUUCCUGGUGGAUCCAGGUCGGUUUUUAUCGCGGACUUCAGUUUGACUUCCAAACUUCUGGGCUUGGGGUUCACUUCGGACUUAAUCCCCGCCUCCUGCAGGCUCCCCUCAGGGGCUGAGUCUCAGCGUUAGUGACAGCGAGUUCCCGGGCCUGCAGCUGGGGACAGAGAGGAAGAAUGAAGCCAUCCUGGCUGCAAUAUCGCAAAGUAACAGGCGCCGGGACUCUUGGGGCGCCCCUGCCAGGGUCCCCUUCAGCAAGAGGAGCCAGUGCAGCCAGAAGGGCUUUGGUGGCCGGUUUUGGGGCCCGGGGCUGCAGGGCCCUCGCUACCUACAAUGGUGGCGAGUACAAGACCCAUUUCGCAGCCUCUGUGGCCGAUCCCGAGAGAUUCUGGGGUAAAGCCGCUGAGCAGAUCAGUUGGUACAAGCCCUGGACCAAAACGCUAGACAGCAGAUAUCCGCCUUCCACUAGUUGGUUUGUGGAAGGGAUGCUCAAUAUUUGUUACAAUGCUAUUGAUCGGCACAUUGAAAAUGGCCAAGGGGAUAAGAUUGCAAUCAUCUAUGACAGUCCUGUCACAAACACCAAAGCAACUAUCACCUAUAAGGAAGUCUUGGAGCAGGUCUCUAGGCUGGCUGGUGUCUUGGUCAAGCAGGGUGUCAAGAAAGGUGACACUGUGGUCAUCUAUAUGCCCAUGAUCCCACAAGCCAUAUAUACCAUGCUGGCGUGUGCAAGGAUAGGAGCCAUCCACAGCCUCAUAUUUGGAGGGUUUGCAUCCAAAGAACUAAGCACCCGCAUUGAUCAUGCAAAGCCCAAGUUGGUUGUGACGGCAUCAUUUGGCAUUGAACCUGGAAGAAAGGUAGAAUACAUCCCGCUUAUAGAAGAAGCCCUGAGAAUGGGACAGCACAGACCAGACAGGGUUCUCAUUUACAAUCGUCCAAACAUGGAGAAAGUUCCUUUGAAGCCAGAUCGUGAUCUUGACUGGGAAGAAGAAAUGGCCAAAGCCCAGUCACAUGACUGUGUGCCUGUUCUCUCAGAACACCCGUUGUACAUUCUCUACACCUCUGGAACAACAGGGCUGCCUAAGGGUGUGGUUAGGCCCACUGGGGGAUAUGCUGUAAUGCUGAACUGGACAAUGUCUUCCAUAUACGGCCUCAAGCCUGGAGAGGUGUGGUGGGCAGCUUCUGAUUUAGGCUGGGUUGUUGGACAUUCCUAUAUUUGCUAUGGGCCUCUUCUACAUGGAAACACAACGGUUUUAUACGAGGGAAAGCCUGUGGGAACACCAGAUGCCGGCGCUUAUUUCCGCGUGCUUGCAGAGCAUGGAGUGGCUGCCUUGUUUACAGCACCGACUGCAAUUAGAGCCAUCCGUCAACAGGACCCUGGGGCAGCCUUGGGGAAGCAGUACUCUUUGACAAGGUUCAAGACACUGUUUGUGGCAGGGGAAAGGUGUGAUGUGGAGACCCUAGAAUGGUCCAAAAAGGUCUUCAGAGUCCCUGUUCUAGACCACUGGUGGCAAACAGAGACUGGAUCCCCAAUAACAGCGUCAUGUAUUGGAUUGGGUAACUCCAAAACACCUCCACCAGGGCAAGCAGGAAAAUGUGUUCCAGGAUACAAUGUUAUGAUUUUGGAUGACAACAUGCAAAAACUGAAGGCUCGGAGCUUAGGAAAUAUUGUGGUAAAGUUGCCGUUACCACCUGGGGCUUUUUCGGGACUCUGGAAGAAUCAGGAAGCUUUCAAGCAUUUAUACUUUGAGAAAUUUCCUGGAUACUAUGACACUAUGGAUGCUGGCUACAUGGAUGAGGAAGGUUACCUCUAUGUCAUGUCUCGGGUGGAUGAUGUAAUAAAUGUUGCAGGCCACAGGAUUUCUGCAGGUGCUAUUGAAGAGUCAGUCCUUUCGCAUGGCACUGUUGCUGACUGUGCUGUGGUUGGCAAAGAAGACCCUUUGAAAGGUCAUGUUCCUUUAGCCCUCUGCGUGUUGAAAAAAGAUAUAAAUGCAACAGAAGAACAAGUCUUGGAAGAAAUCGUGAAACAUGUUAGGCAGAGCAUUGGCCCUGUGGCUGCUUUUCGGAAUGCAGUUUUUGUCAAGCAGUUACCCAAAACGAGGUCUGGCAAAAUUCCACGGUCUACACUGUCUGCCUUGGUCAAUGGCAAGCCUUAUAAGGUAACACCUACUAUUGAGGACCCCAGCAUUUUUGGUCACAUAGAAGAAGUGCUGAAGCAGAGCUUGUGAUUUUUAUUUACUACGUCCAGUCAGUCUAUCUUCAUCUUCUAGCUGGAUUUGUUUAUCUUCGAUAAACACUUAAAAAUAUUUUCUAUAAACACUUAAAAAUUCAUUUUUAACUCAGAUGUGAGCCUUAGAAUUAAAUCAGUCUAAUAACCCAUGAAAGGGCUGUAUUUUAUGUUAUGUCAUGUUGUUAUGUCAUGUUAUGUGAGCCAGUUCAUAUUGUUACCUCUUCCCUGUAACAUGGAUCAUUAUAUGCUAUCUUGCAUAUUAAGGAACAUGUCUUUGGUGUACGUUUUUAUAAACUCAUGUGCCUUACAAACACAUUUCAGUUGAAAGCAUCUGUAAUAUAAGCACACUUCCAGGAGAUAAGAAUCAGCCAUACUUGAUCAAAAUCUAAAUUCAAAUCAGGUUCAAAAUAUAAUUUACAAUGUUACUAUGGAAACUCAAAAGUUUAAUGUUUUUAAGAUGACUACCUUGUUUACAAGUAAUUAUCUAAAGAUGAUUGUCUAAGCAACACACGGCCCAGAAUGGAGGAGUGUUGCUAGGUUCUCUAGCAACACAGGGCCCCAGAAUGGAGUACCAUUUCUAGGUUGUCUGUGAAUGGGUAAGGGGAGGCAAAUGUCUGGCAGAGAAACUAGACAGUUUUUCACCAAACCUCUUGUAGAAUGAAGGCUCCUCAAAUCCCCUAUCCAAGUUGAUUGUAUCUGUCUUGAUGCUUGCAUCUACCAAAGGCCUCAAGGAAAUGGCGUAGAAAUGGAAUGGAGUGGCAAAGGAAUGAUAUAAAAUAUAGGGAAGUUUUAGUCUUAUUCUAAAAAUCAGGAGACUUUCUAGAUAAUAUCAAUAUAUCAAUGAGUUCCUCCCAUUCUGGGUUGUAGGUUGGUUUUUUUUUUUUUUUUCAAGGUGACAUGUGUCCUAGGUUGGCCUCACAUCUACCAUAUGAGUGUGACUGUCUUGGAAGCCCUGGUCCUCUAACUUCUGGUUGCUUGGAUACUAUCGUACUGAGUUCCAAAUUAGCAAUUUUUUCUCUUAUGGGAUCGAACCCAGAGACUUCUGCACAUUAGACAAGCACUCUUCCACUGAGCUAUACUCUAGGAUAUCAAUGAAUUUAUGGUGAGGCCUUGAGCCAUAUAACCCAACACAGGAUUUUUUAAGAAUAUGAAGCCUUAAGUACUGGAAAUUAUGUUCCAUUGAGGAGGCAGCCAUAUUAGUCCCCAGAUAAAUAUGGCUCAGGUGGGAGACUGCACGAACCUCUGAGUUUCAAGAGAACCCCAAAUGUCUGCUUUUACUGCAAGUUUUAACUUUGAAUAAAUGUUAAUUCAUUUACAAAUUAUGCUCUAAAAUUUAUUUCCAUCUACACGUCUAUAAAAUGAUUGAGCCUUUUCAAAAACAUUAAAAAUGAGCCUUUAAUAAGGUUAUAGAAGUAUAUCCAUUAACUAGAGUAGAAAGAAAUAAUUAACUAGCUUAGAGCUCUACAUGUAUUAUUCAUCAGAGCAUAUAUUUCAAUCCAAAGAGUAUACUGUAAUCAUUGAAUCAUUGAAAGUUUUUAGCAUAAUUUCUCAAUUCUUCAGUUUUGGGGAAACAUUAUUAUGAAGAGCCCAAUAUUCUAACAGAAUCAUUUAAAUACAUGAAAUGCAGGAGGAGAGCAACAAAUUAGAAUUUACCUGUCAUAAAAUAAUGUGUAUUUUAUAUAAAAGCUCUCCUUUUAGGCCUCUUUGGACUGCUGUGUAGAUAACAGGUGACUUCUCAAAGAAAACUUUUACUGAUUAAACUACCUUCUUCAUUGAUAAAUCUGAAAAAAAAUCUUUAUUCUCUUUAAUUGUUUUGGUACCAUGAGUUAAACCAACUGGAUAUAUAUAUAUAUAUAUACAUAUAUAUAUAUAUAUAUAUUAUUAUUAUUACUGGAACCUGUUCAGUUCUUUGAAUUUCCCAUUGCAUGUGUAAAUUUUAUACAUUAUCAAGACUAUAGGGUUUAAAAUCAUUAUUAUUUUUAAUAUGUUAGCAUUAUGACACAGUUCAUUAUAUUCCCCCACUUGAGUCAGAUAUUUUAACUGAAUUCAUAUUUUUUUGUUUGCAAGAUACAAACUCAGGCAAAUCUAAGGACUGAAGGAUUUUUAUCUUCAGAUCAUUUGUAGAUAUUCCUCUUUAACAGAUCUGAAGGACCUCAGCAAACAGGCCUGCAUUAUUUUUCAAUUGUGGGAAUCUAAGAACAAAAAACAAAUAAGCAAAAAACAGCCAAGUGCAUUACACUUUGGAUGGAGCUGUUUCUUAUAUUUCAGUAAGGAACUUCUCCACUACAGUCCAGAGAGAGUGGUCACACUCAUGUGGCUAAAAUGGAGAAAUGAAAUAUAUAACAUACGCAUCAGACAGUUUACAAUUUGGGGAGAAAAUUAAAUAACUUCUUAUUUUAAGUCUCAUUAUACUUUUUUUGCCAAAUUUCAGCUGAAGUUUUUUUAAUUGGGUGUGUCUUUGAUAGCAAUAAUACAAUCUACAAAAUGUGACCAUACUUCUAUUUACCUAAAUUGGUUCUGUGUGAUCUUGUAUUUUAUGAAAUUUUUAAAUUUGUAAAACAUUUGAAAAUAAAAAUAAAAGUACUUUUAGUAACUAAA